CUCGGAGAAAAAAGGGCAACGUUUGAGGCCUGAAUUCCCGCAGCAGCAUACUGCCGUUGUCCCGUGAUCGUUUGCGCCUUGAGAUCUAGCUCUUGAAUCGUUCGUCCCUUGGUUGACCAGGCCCUGCUGCAAUCAAUGCAGUGGAUCAAGGGGGUGCUGGGCAUUCGUAGCCCGACAGUGUCAGCGACAAAGGGCACAUACGGUCAGCGCACGCAAAGCAAAACAGCCGGCCACUUCAAGAUCUGCCUUUCACAGUGAGUGCUGCGAUGUGUGCGAUGAUGUGUGAUGUGCAGGUGCUGAUGGCCCCCGUCCAGGGUCUUCGUCGACGCCCUAUGAGGUGACGCGGCGGGGCGGCAGCAGCGACGAUGACCCCGAGGAUGAGACCUUCAUCGGUAGGGUAGCUAGACAUACAGAGGGAGGAUGCUCUCAGAGAGAGAGAGAUAGAGAGAGAGAGAUGGGCUCCCUCAUAGCACACACAGGCGCUGACUGACUGCUGUGAUGCUUGCACACGUGUGCAGAUCCCGUAGACUAUGACCCUGACACAGUGCCGGCAGAGCAGGAACUCAGAAUGAGGUACAUACAAAGAUGCAGCCAGCUAUCGCGAUGCGUGGGUGGGUGGGCACCAGUGUGGGUGGGCAAUAGCCGUGGGUGGUGUGCUGAUUGGUGUGUUUGCAGGAAUCGUAUCUUGGGUCACUUCAAGCAGUAUCGGCAUCAGGCCGAGCAUGAGCUCACCUUGAACGAAGUCACCAGGGCACUCAUGGUGAGUGAGAGGGGGACGGAGCAAAGACACACACUCACCACCGGCCGCUCGGGAGACCGAGCGGUGUGGUCGGUGCGCGUGCAUGUGUAUGUGCAUGUGUGUGUGUAUGUGCAUGUGUGUGUGUAUGUGCAUGUGUGUGUGUCAGGGUGUGCAGCGUGGUUACGACAUCCGCAUUGUGGACGACGUCUUUCGCCGCGCCGACAUCGCCAACCUCAGGGCUGUCAGAGUGUAAGCAAGCAUAGCCAACACGCAGGGGUGUGUGUGUCGCUUAGACAUCUGUUUAUCCGUCCUCGCUGUCUGUGUCAAUCAAAACAUAAUAACUAUGGGUGGGUGUUGGUUGUGUUGGAUUGCUCAGCGACGUGUUCAUCGACCGAUACAUCGAGAAGGUCCGCAAUAUAUAUAGACGGCACGGCACACGCAACGCACGGACAGGCGUAUGUAUGUAUGUUUCCAUGUGGUGUAUGUGUGCAUGUUGGUUGAUAUAUGUAGUUGAAGGAGAUGAAGGCCUGGUGGGAGGUGGCCCGCAACGCUUGCAUCAACACGCAGCGCAUGUUCGACGACAACGAAGCCAAAAUGACCAGACACCAGGCCGAACACUACAACGAAUACGGGGUGAGUGAGUAACCGAGCCGGUGGCCGAUGGACCAAUGGCUGGCUGGGGGGCUGGGGACACACGCAGGGCAGGGCAGCCCACCACUGUAUGUGUGUGUAUGUGUGUGUGUGUGGACAGAUAUCGGAUGACAGUCGUCUGACGGUUGAGUUGCUGGAGGCGCAGAACAUCCCCAUGUACAAGGUGCCCCGGGUGCUCCCGCCCGCACCACCCGCGCCACCAAUGCCUGGAUACCCACGUACGAUACCAACACCACACACAAACGAACUGCGUGCCCUGCCGUCAACUCACUCCUGCAUUUCUACCACUCACUCUGUGCGUUGUGUGCAGCGGUGCCACCUCCCGAGCCUCGUGCGCCUCUGUUGUGGUUUUACAUGAAUUGUGCGCACCAGCACGUGACCUGCGAGGCCCUGCAGCCGGCACCACACAUCAUCAUCGACGAGACCUUCACUUUGUGAGUGAGGAGGAAGACUUUGCCGGGAGAAGAUGGGGAGGGGAGGGGUGUACUGUAUGGGUGUUCUUCUUGUUGGUUUGUGUCGAUGGAUGGAUGGAUGGAUGGAUGGGUUCAGCGACAUAAGUCAGCCUGAGGAGGUGUUGGUGUGCACCCUUGUGUGUGGCGACCCGGCCAUCCCAUCUGAGUAAGUCGCUACCACCACCAUCUGUCUGAUGCGCGUGUUUGUGUGUGCUCCAGCUCCGAGUCCAUCGGCGAGUGCCAGAUCGACCUCAAAGACAUACAGGGUAAAUAACCCAACCAAGCGGCCAACCACCACACACAGUCACGUACGUCAUGUGCAGACCAGCGCAAGGUCGAGAUGCGGUGCGACCUGGGCGACGGCGCCACACUGCAGCUCGCCGUGCAGUGGAUAUGGAGCAAGGUCAGCCAGCCCUUCAGCCGUCCGUUACAUGCAUCAAUCAGAUCCACUGUGUAGUGUAUGUGGUGGUUGUGUUGUGGUGUUCUCAGGCCCGUUUGUAUGAGAACUAUCGUAUGGUCUUUGGCGAGAAGCUCAUGCGCAGGAAGGCUGAGCUGGAGACCGCUGAACGAAACCUAUACGCCGGACUGAGUAUGCAGUCAACCUGGGAGGGACAGGAAACCCGACACACACCGGCUGAUCUGCCUGCCUGUCUGUCUGUCUGUCUGUGUAUCUGUGUGUAGCUCCUGUUGACGACCCUGUGAGCAACCCAGCGUCAUAUGCCGUGUCGAGGGGCAUCGAUGUGGUGAGGAAAUGAGCAGGGGGGGGAGGGAGCUAGACACACGUCAGUCGGGCCAGGUCGCAUAUGUUGUGUGAGUGCAGGCGAUGGGAUGGAUGAAGCUCCACGAUGCACAGGUAGGUGGGUGUACAGAGACAGACGACUCACGUAAGACAGACAAGUGAGCGAAUAUCUGUGUGCGUGCCGUGCCGUCUGCAGCGGCUGUCUCGGUGGUUUGUGGUCAUCUACAUGCUGCUGUCGGCACUCGCCGCAUUCGCCAAGUGAGUGAGGAACCAGCCAGCCAGAAAGCCAGCGUGGGACUGACGUAUUGAUGCGUGCCUGCCUGCGUGUGCGAACUUACACUACUUACUGCAGGCCUGACUUCCUGAACCUGCUUGUGGCUGCAUUUUCCUUCUACAAUAACCUCUGUACCCCCCUCCCCCCUUCCCCCCCCGCGGCACACACACACCGUCACACUCACGCUCACACACAGGCAUGGUCGGUGUGCAUUGCGUGUUCAGCUCCGGAGCGCUGGACGCCUGCGUCAUACACGUACAUGCUGCAGGCCAUCGCAUUGUAAGCCCUUGGGGGUGUGGGUGUGGGGACGGGUGGGAUCAAGGGACCGACCGUCAUGGGUGUGUGUACGCUGUCUGUCUGUCUGUCUGUCCAGUUCGUACUUCAUGGACAUCAUGUGGGCGUGGACCUACUUCGCAGCAUGGGGACUCAGUGAGCCAUACACACACAAAGGCGCACACGGAUGGAUGGAUGGCACGCUGAUGGGGUGUGUGUGUGUGUGUCAGAUGGCGAUGUUGUGUUCCACAGCAUCGCCAAGGUCAUGACGGUGAUGCAGUUCAUCUUCAAAAUCAUCCUAUUCGUUUUCUUCUGGAAAUGCAAAUUCGACCUCCGAGAGCUGGUCAGUCAGUCGCCAAGCAACACCCUCCGUAUGUGUGUGUGACCCUGUCCCCCUCUCCCUCUCCCUCUCCCUCUCUCUCUCUGUGCGUGUGUGUGCAGCAACUGAGGCAACAGAAGCGAAUGGAGGUCCGCGGGGUAAGCCUGCAACUCGGUCGAUCAGCCAGUGUCGUUAUCUAUGGUGUCACGCCUGUCUGUCUGUCUGUCUGUGCGCAGGGUCAGACAGAGCCGUUUGAUCUGCGCCGCGCCCAUCGCAUGGCCGAAGAAGGCCCCAAGCAGUCGACCAGCCCGUUCAAGUACAUCAGACAGACAGACAGACAGGCAGGCGGGGGACAGCAAGAUGAACGUUGUGCUGUGUCGUCAGGUUCCUGGGCUUCUAACGUGCCAGCCAGUCGUCAGUCCAUGUAUUUAUUAUGCACAUGAGUCAAUUGGGCUCCCUCCGGCCAUGUCUUAUAUACAGACAGACAGAUACCCUCGGCUGUGUUUGAUGGCAUCGCUCCCUCCCCUCCGCCCGGCCAUCGGUGCUCAAUCAACGAAUCCCCUGCACAGCCGGCUGUCGGCCGGCGUCUGGUCGACUGUGGGCGCGCAAUGAAUGUCAGUCAGUCCGGAGAGGGCGAGGGAGAGGGACAGAGAGGGGGAAUCGAUGCCCCCUGGUUUUGUGUAUUUUCGUGUGUAUCACUCUACGUCAGUGUUCCGAUCGACGACCGACCGACGAGGCGUCGGCUGGUUGGCAUUUAUAUACGUGUUAACGUUGUGUUGUAAUGUGUUGUGUGUGGAGUGUGAGGGUCGCUCGAGAUUCCAAUAUCGUCUAGAUCUGUUGAUAGGCGAUGGAUGGAUGGAUGGAUGGAUGCGUGGACGGACAGCGGCUGCACGCAUUAGGGUGGCUGGAUGUCCUUCUGUCACAGAGAGAAAGAUCAAGAUGAAUGAUAUGAUUCGUGUGUCGUACGUCCAAUUGUCAAAC